AUGCAGCUUUCUCAGGAUUUCGGCCCUGUGUUCAGCUUGAGGCGAGGCAGUGAGAGGAUGGUGUUUAUUUCUGGCUACAAGAUGGUCAAAGAAGCUCUUGUCACCCAGCUGGACAGCUUUGUGGAGCGACCAAUUGUCCCUCUUUUCCAUGUGGUAUUUAAGGGCCUUGGUAUUGCCCUCAGUAAUGGCUAUCUUUGGAAAAAACAGAGGAAAUUUGCCAACGCCCAUCUGCGUUACUUCGGAGAGGGCCAGAAAUCCCUGGAAAGAUACAUUGAAAUAGAGACCAACUUUCUCUGUGAUGCAUUCAAAGAGGAACAAGGGAGACCGUUCAAUCCUCACUAUGUGAUCACAAACGCAGUGGGAAACAUUAUUUCUUCCGUGGUCUUUGGCCAUCGCUUUGAAUACUCCGAUCCGAGCUUUCGCAAAGUGUUGGAGUUGGACAAUGAAGCGGUGGUGCUUUCCGGCUCAGCUCGAACUCAGCUGUACGAUGCCUUCCCUAGCUUGUUGAAUUACCUACCGGGGCCUCAUCAGACCGUCCACGCCAACUACCGGGAAAUCGUCCGCUUUCUCAGAAACGAAGUACAGAAGCAUCAGGAGGAAUGGAACCCAGAGGACCCUCGGGAUUACAUCGAUGUUUACCUGGCUGAGAUGGAAAAGUCAAAACAAGACCCUCAGGCUGGCUUCAACAUCGAAACACUGGUGGUCAGCUGUCUUGACCUGAUCGAAGCAGGAACGGAAACAACGGCCACCACGCUGCGCUGGGCUCUUCUGUACAUGCUCCACUACCCAGAAAUACAAGAAAAAGUCCAAGAGGAGAUUGACAGGGUGAUCGGACAAUCCCGCCAACCCAACAUGUCAGAUCGACCUGACCUACCCUACACAGACGCAGUCAUUCAUGAAAUCCAAAGGUAUGGAAAUAUUGUCCCACUUGGAUUUCCAAAAAUGGCCAGUAAAGACACAACACUGGGAGGAUACUUUAUCCCCAAGGGCACACCCAUAACUACCAUCCUUUCAUCUGUGCUUUUUGACGAGAAUGAAUGGGAAACUCCACAUGUCUUCAAUCCUGGGCAUUUCUUGGAUUCUGAGGGCAGGUUCCUUAAAAAAGAAGCCUUCUUGCCCUUUUCUGCAGGUAAACGUAUGUGUCUGGGCGAGCACCUUGCCAAAAUGGAGCUGUUCCUUUUCUUCUCUACACUCCUCCAGCGCUUCACCUUCAAACCAGUUCCUGGAGAAAUGCCCAGCCUGGAGGGCGUGCUGGGAUUCACCCAUUCCCCUGAAGAGUUCAGGUGUCUGGCUUUGGCCCUAAAGCUCCUUAAGAUGGCUCUGGUGAAUUAUAUAACUUCUCUUUUUUUGUAUCUUCUCCUAAUAAAGGACAGAACAAGCUGCAGAGGUUGCAGGCUGCUCCUUUUGUCCUCUGUGACCAUGUGGCUCACCAGCUUUUUACUCAGCUUUGACCUGAAGGGGCUCUUCUUGUUUAUUUUCCUUUUUGUUUUAAUAGCAGAUUAUAUCAAACACAGGAAACCGGCUAACUUCCCUCCCGGACCUCUGGGGCUCCCUUUCUUUGGGAAUUUUUUGACCAUAGAUGGCAAGCACCCACACAUCUAUUUCUCAAAGAUGGCUGAAAGUUACGGUAACGUGUUCAGUGUCCGGCUGGGCAGUCAGGCGAUGGUGUUUGUGUCUGGCUACAGGAUGGUAAAAGAAGCUUUAAUGACACAAGCUGAGAACUUUGUGGACAGGCCAUUCAGUGAAAUUGCUGGCAGAUUUUAUCAAGGAAGCUCAAAUGGUUUGUUCUUCAGCAAUGGUGAAAAAUGGAAGAAGCAGCGGCGUUUUGCUUUAUCUACCCUGCGCACCUUCGGACUGGGCAAAAACACCAUGGAACAGAGCAUCUGUGAGGAAAUCCGACACCUGCAGCAGCAGAUAGAAAACGAAAAAGGUGGACCCUUCAGCCCUGCGGGUCUCUUCAACAACGCUGUGUCCAACAUUAUUUGUCAGCUUGUGAUGGGAAAAAGAUUUGACUAUGACGACAACAACUACCAGGUUAUGAUGAAGUACAUCUCUGAGGCGGUUCAGCUUGAGGGGAGCAUCUGGGGUCUUCUUUAUGAAGCAUUUCCGAGCCUGUUGAAGCACCUACCAGGGCCUCACAACAAAAUAUUCAGGAAUUACACCAUUGUGCAAGGAUUUCUUGAUCAGGAGAUAAAGAUCCACAAAGAGGACCUGGAUCCCAACAAUCCCAGAGACUACAUUGACUCUUUCAUCAUUGAAAUGGAGAAACAUCAAGACUCAAGCCUGGGCUUCACUGAGGCCAAUCUGGCCUACUGCUCUCUGGAUCUCUUCGUGGCUGGAACAGAAACAACCUCCACCACUCUGAUGUGGGCCUUAAUUUAUCUCAUCAAACACCCAGACGUCCAAGUGAAAGUCCAGCAAGAGAUCGACAGAGUGAUUGGUCAGAACCGUCUACCAUCCAUGGCUGACAGACCCAACCUGCCGUACACUGAUGCUGUCAUUCAUGAAAUACAGAGAAUUGGUAAUAUUGUACCUCUGAAUGGACUUCGGAUUGCUGCUAAGGACACAACUUUGGGUGGUUACUUCAUACCAAAGGGGACUUCUCUGAUGCCCAUGCUGACCUCUGUGCUGUUUGACAAGAAUGAAUGGGAAACUCCAGACACCUUCAACCCGGGACACUUUCUGGAUGCUGAUGGAAAGUUUGUGAAGAAAGAAGCUUUCUUACCUUUCUCUGCAGGGAAGCGUGUGUGUCUUGGAGAAGGUCUGGCCAGGAUGGAGCUGUUCCUGUUUCUGGUGGGGUUACUGCAGAAGUUCUCCUUCUCUGUUCCUGAAGGAGUAGAGCUGAGCACUGAAGGAGUCACUGGAACCACAAGAGUGCCUCAUCCCUACAAAGUUUAUGCCAAAGUUCGCUGAGUUUGCAACAUUCAUCACAGAAAAGAUGAAAAAACUACCAUUCCUUUUGAUAUAGGGGAGAAAAAAGGAAUGUGUAAUUUAUUUUACAAAACACUAUUAGGUUAGUAGUAUUAGUCAUUCUUAUCAUGCAUGGCAAUAUUGCUAAAAGAUCAUGUAGAAGGUAACCUAUUAAAGUGCAUUGCUAUUUAAAAUGUGUGUUGUCAAUGCAACACAAUAUGUUAUUGUUAAGUUCUUUGGUGUUACUGAUCUACCAGUAUAUGUCCACUGUUAAAAAUAAAUACAGAUAUAAUCGAAUCAAAGACGAAAACUUUUGGAUUUUUUAAGUAAAUAUAUCUAGUAGGAAAUAAAAUCAAACAUUUUUUAUCUAACAACUGUAAAAUUCACAGUUAAGUGAACUGAAAGUGUGCAAAAAAAUAAACAUGUUUACUGCAGUGUAACAUUAGGAUAUUAGAAAUAGGAAAAGCAAAUGAGGGAAAAUUAAAUGAUUCUUUUCAAACAAA